AGGCUGAGAUAUCAUGCGGGAAGCAGCUGCAUCUGCGUGUUCUAGUUCGUAGGAAAUAAGUAUCAAAUCGUGUCGUGGCUCCUUGAGCCGGUUCAAUAGUCCACGCAUCAAGAAAAUCAUAAUCAACUUUAAGAGCACUCAGCUGCCGAAGACUUCUAGAGACCACCAGCUGAAUUGUUUCAUCUUGAUGUGUAACUGUUUGUGAUGUAGCUGAUGUAGCACAGAGGCGCAAGACGCGAAAAAUGCCGGACCCCCGUAGCGUCCACGCCGCUGUCCGACUGGAGCUGGACCGGAAAAACGGCAUCAACCACUUGCGGGCUGUGUUCGCGGAGCAAUUUGAGCAGAAGCUGGUGCAGAAAGGACACCGGAUAAGCGUUGAUGAAGAUGAUCAUGGAGGUGGAAAAUCAAAAUCUGGUGCUCCGUCUGACCACAUCAAGACAAGCACACCGCUUCUUCAGCCGCCCCGCGAGGCUCUGAAUCGGUUUCUCUUUUCUGGCCAUGAGGAGUCGCUCGCGAUGGAACUUGUGGACGACUGUCCGCUGAAGUUACACAACUGGUACCCGACGGAAAUUGAGAAGCAGCGGCAAAACUACGCACACUGGCGCACGGGGAUGAGGAAAUGGCUGCAUCAGGUCGUACCAGACCAGCUGGGGAACGACUUGGAUGUGCCUGGUCUUCAGAAGCAACCAGGCGCCGACACAUUUACUUCUGAGCCAGCCAGUGAAGAUAGGGUAGUCUCGCGUGCACGUGGCAGACCUGAGUUUGCGCACGUGUCAGAUGCGACUUGGGAGUUACUGCUGCAGGAUGAGGAAGAGGAAGUCGAAAGCGUGAAGCAGGCUGAGGCGACGCCCAGUUGUGGUACAGCUACUACUCCCAAUCGGUCAACACCCGAUGAGCCAGGAGCUUGCUCAUCACGCAGUGACACAGCCACGUCAAGUCGGGGCGACGGCGACCCCGAAGUAGCUUUGGGGAACGAGGACGAGGACCAGUCAGUAUCAGCGUCUUCUGGUUCUAGCGAGGAGAUGAACCAGGAGCAAGAAAACUUGAGGCAUGUUAGCCCAGAUGAGGACUCACGACGCAACCACACUUCUGAGAACGAGAAGCCCAAGCUGCCCUCUCAGCGACUUACAGUUUCGCCCAACCAGCUCCGGUCUGCCAGCCGGGAGAUCGUCGGGCCGAUUGUAUUGCCGAUUGCAAGGGAGAUAGCAAAGGAAAUGAGAGAGCUGAGGGAUCAAGCGCUUUUUUGCGUGAAGGAAAGCAAUCUGAAAAAUCUUCCCCGUUCUCAUGGACAAGAAGAUGAUCAUGAUCUCCUAACCGUCGACGUCCAGCCAAACCCGGAGAAGAAAAUUUACGUCAUGCGAGCUGGUGACGAGGAAAUUACUUUAUCUGAGUGGGCCUUGCAGAAGCUCUCCAAGCUGUACCAUGAAGAAUGUGAUCGGACGAAUGGCAAGGGAAGCAAAGGCGUAGGCGUACUAGCGAGUGAAGUAGAUACAGGCUCAGCCGCGCCCCCGUCGGCUCUGGUUGAUCAUCGAAGCAUAGAUUUCUACACGGCGGCCUUCUGCUGUGCUCUACGCUAUUCCGCCCUGGGAGGCAAGGAACAGGUCGACGGUGCCGGUCUGCAAGCGGCGAUGCCCCAGAAGGUUUUUGACGUCUUACCGUGGCAGGUGCGGGAAUGUUUCGCCAGCCCGUUUAACGUGUCUAAGGCGCCGCCACGGCAAGUGAGAAAAGAGGAAGCUUCGGCGAGUUCUACAGCUCUUGUAGUGUCAACGAGCGCGGCAUCAUCACGGGAUGACGGAGUCGCCGUGCUCGCCGAGAGCACUAGCGGGUCUCCUGCUGAGCCGUUGACUGUGCUAGAUUCUAAUUCGCCAACAAGAAGCUCAACGUCGGACCUUGAAACUGUGGCUCCUGCAGCCAAGCGACGAAAAGUACUGGACGAUCCCGCUGUGAAAAUUCUAGCCGAUAGCACAGCUAACGGCUUAAUAUCAAAACCCAAGCAACACCCAACAAGAACAUACAACGCGUACUGCAGCUUCUUCGAGGAGGACAAGCUUUUCGGGUCUUCUGGCAGUUUCUUCGAUUUCAUCACCACAGUCGUGCCUCCGGUGCGAGGAGAAGGUGCAGGAGCAGCAGCUCCAUUUGUAAUCGAAAAGGAAGACAAUAGCGGCGCUCCCUACUUUUUCGAAGUGAACCCGCCAUUUGACGUCGACGUGAUCCACCGAGUUCUAACGGCGAUAGAGCGAACACUUUCAUCUUCACAAAGAAAUAGUGUUGAUGCGAAUAAAGAUAGCAGCACUUCUAAACAAGCGACCUUCCUCCUCAUCGUCCCCGAGUGGCUGCAGCAGGGAACCUUUCGCAAAAACAGUCCGAUCGACCGGAUUUUGAGUUCCAAAUUUCUGAGGGCGACGGUGGUGAAGAAGCCACACAAACACAAGUAUGUCAAGGGCCGUUGCUGGCAUUGGAAGAAAAUGGAAAAUGGGCCGCCGCUCUCGCCGGGCGUGUCCAAAAGCCGGGCCACGCUGUUGAGCAAUUUUAUGGAGAAUGAGGAAGCGGAAGAAUUGAUGGCGAAAAUCGCACGAGAAUGGUGACGCUUCACAUACUACGCAUGGCUUGACUCAGAUUCAUACAGCGACAGAACUAAAGGAAUUGACGAUUAUGCUGGGCUGUGGGUGAAAAAAGCCACCAUCUAGUAAGUACUUCACAAGGACAACAAAACAGCGACUAAGAUUUUCCUGAUAUUCUCGCAGUUAUCGACGACGCUCAU